CAUGAGGACCAGAUGAAGAUGGCAGAAUUUGGAAGUUUUGCAAAGAACAAAACGAUAUAACAACAAUAUGACAUAAUGAUAAUCAUCAUACACCAUGCAAAAAAGGACAGCACCAUUGUCUUAACAUGCUGUCAUAAACGCUCUUUAAAAGUACUUUUGACACCGGUAUUUUUUUAUUAUUUGAUUAGCAACGUUUACAAUUAUUUUGGUUGAAAAUACUACAGUGCAGCACAGAAUACAUAUAGAAAUAAGCCUCCUGUCUGGAUUGCUCCGUAGCUUCAAUGUGAUGUCACCAUGGUAAGCCAUUAAAAAAAAAAAAAAAAGUCUGGCAAACAUUUCAUACAAAAAAAUACAUUUGAUGACACUAGCUAACACACGUCAAGGCUUACACUUCCUGAAGAACUUUCUGUGUAACCACGGGUUGUUUACAAUGACUGAAUUGAUUCCAGAGGGGUUUGUUGCACUGAAAACAGACAAUGGAAAAUACUGGCAUCUUGAUUUGCUCUUUUUUGAAGGCCAAGUUGAAGCAGAAAAGUCCAGACUUGACUCCACCUGCCAGUUUUUGGUGCUUCCAGCUUCAAGUGGAAAAGUUUACAUUAAGACUCCUCAGAACAAGUACCUCAAACGUCAUCACCUCGCUGACACUAAAUGGGAGAUUCUAGAGUUAGCCAAAGGUGAGCCAGAUGUUAGCUGUGAGUUCCAGCUACAUAACAGGAAUGGGAAGGUGUAUUUUAUGGCUGACAAUGGAAAAUACCUAAGUCGUGUCUGCCGUUUUGGCAAAGAAACCAUCGAAGCUUUUAAAGAGCAAGUUGAUAUGUACUGCCUGUUUGAAAUGGUUGAAUAUCAGAUGGCUUCUACAUCUGGUCAAACCAAAACCGUGAAACGCAAGAUAGCGGACGAAAGAAGAGUCUUUCAGGAAAAAUGGACUGAUGAGUACUUCUUUGUUGAAUUUAACAAUAAAGCACUUUGCUUAGUGUGCAGAGAAGUGAUAAAUUAUAACACAUUGGACCAUUCUUGA